CGUGUCUCUGUCGAGAGAAAACGAGUUCCAUGACGCCACUUGACUGAGAAUAUCAAAGCGUUCAACAUGUCUGCUACUCGACUGUCGAAAAUUCUUUUCUCGCGUGUGUCACAUGCGGCUCGAUUUCCGCAACAAUUUGUCGCACCCGCAAUCAGAUAUUAUUCCUGUGAAACGAACAAUUUUGAGUUUAUCAAGAUCGAGACUGCAGGUGAAAAGAACAAUGUAGGUCUUAUCACUUUGAACAGACCCAAAGCAUUAAAUGCAUUAUGCGAGAGAUUAAUGAAAGAGUUGUAUCAUGCCUUGAAUAAUUUCGAUAAAAACCCUGCUGUCGGUGCCAUCGUUAUUACUGGAAGCGAGAAAGCAUUUGCUGCUGGUGCUGACAUCAAGGAAAUGUGCAACAAUACAUACCCGUCCAAUGAGAAGAACAACUUCCUGUGUGACUGGGACGCUGUUGCCAAAACAAAGAAGCCCGUCAUCGCCGCUGUAAAUGGUUUCGCCUUGGGCGGAGGCUGCGAAUUGGCAAUGAUGUGCGACAUCAUCUACGCCGGCGACAAGGCCAGAUUCGGUCAGCCGGAAAUCAUCAUCGGCACGAUACCUGGAGGUGGCGGCAGUCAGAGGAUGCCCAAGUAUAUCGGCAAAAGUAAGGCUAUGGAGAUAGUGCUCACCGGCAAUCAGAUCACCGCUGAGGAAGCUGAAAGGAGCGGUUUGGUCAGCAAGAUCUUUCCAGCCGACAAACUCGUUGGAGAAGCCGUGAAAUUGGGCGAGAAAAUCUCGUCUCAUUCACAGAUAAUCGUCGGCUUAGCCAAGAGGGCUGUCAAUACUGCGUACGAAACCAGCUUGCAACAGGGUCUCGAUUACGAGAGACGAUUGUUCCAUAGUACAUUCGCCACGGCGGACCAGAAGGAGGGAAUGAGCGCUUUCAUGGAGAAACGCCCGCCAAACUUUAAGAACGAGUAAACGCAUGUUUGCUCGCAAAUGAGAGAACGCUGCAAACGCUUAAACAAAGCGAAUGAGAAAAUCGCCGGAGAUGCAAGCACUUCUCGAAUAACACAGUUACUCAAUAAAAGACAAUGCAUAUAAAGCAAAAUAAAAAAUUGUACGAAUCCUAAAUCUCCAUACGAUUUUGAGUAACACGGAACCAAUUAACCGUAUUAUUCGAGAGUCGCCUGUAUGUUCCCGCAGAGAUAUUUUUAUAUCGUAUUUUUAUAAGAUAAAACACACGAUAUGUCAUUUGUUACAUUUGUUACGAAAGAUUCCUUUAAAUAAAUUGUUUUUGCAAGAAA